CGUAGCCGGCGGAGCGUUUCCUCCGGGGCGGUGGCGCCGGGCGCCAUGGGGGCGGCCGUGUUUUUUGGUUGCACCUUCAUCGCCUUCGGGCCCGCCUUCGCCCUCUUCCUGCUCACCGUGGCCGUCGACCCGCUCAGGGUCAUCAUCCUGGUGGCGGGGGCAUUUUUCUGGCUUGUCUCCUUGCUCCUGGCCUCCCUGAUCUGGUUCAUUUCAGUGCAUCUCAGUGAUCCAGAGGACUCCAAGCUGCAGUACGGCCUGCUGGUCUUUGGGGCUGCUGUGUCAGUUCUGCUACAGGAGGCAUUCAGAUUUGCCUAUUUCAAGCUGCUCAAAAAGGCGGAUGAAGGCUUGGCCAUGAUCAGCGAGGACGGACGCUCCCCCAUCUCCCUCAAGCAGAUGGCCUAUGCUGCCUCCCACCCACCCCAGUCUCCCCACCCAGAAUGCCUUGAACACAGCACAGCACUGAAUUUGCUGAGCUUCUCUGCAUGGCAAAUCCACCUCCUCAUGACAGAUUUGGAGAAGUUGCAGGAAGUGUCGGGUCUGUCCUUCGGGAUCAUCAGUGGCGUCUUCUCAGUCAUUAACAUUCUGGCGGACUCCAUAGGCCCAGGCAUCAUCGGGAUCCAUGGGGACUCACCGUACUACUUCAUCACUUCUGCCUUCCUGACCAUGGCAGUGGUCUUUCUGCAUACCUUCUGGGGGGUGAUUUUCUUCGAUGCCUGUGAAAAGCGCCGGUUCUGGUCCCUGGGUCUGGUGGUUGCCAGUCACCUCAUCACGUCCGGGCUGACGUUCUUGAACCCCUGGUACGAAGCCAGCCUCGUACCCAUCUACAUCAUCACCGUCUCCAUGGGCAUCUGGGCCUUCUUCACAGCCGGCGGUUCCCUCCGCACCAUCCUCCUGUGCCUCCCCUGUAAGGACCCACCAGCCUCCUCCCAGGCGGGUGAUGUGCCGGGGAGCUUGGGGGGCAGGUGGAAACCCUCAUUACAAGGUAAGGAGGAAGAGAACAGCCGCGUGAUGGUGUACUCAGCGCUGCAGGUCCCCGUCGAGGACUAAGUGUCCUGCUCUGCCCGGACUCCUGCCUGCUGGAAACACCUGCUAACACCUCAAGUGCCCUGCUCCCAGCAGUGGGGAGCAGCUGCAGCAAGGAAGGGGCUGCCAGGGUCCUGCAGUGCCCUGCUGGCUCCACACUGGAUCCUUGGAGCUAUAGUGUACCCAGGGAAACAGAGCCUAAGCCUUUGGCCCAGAGGCUCCCUGAUCACACUGGUGCUGCUACGGAGCCUCCGGUCUCAUUAAGGACUGUUGCUUUCCUUUUAUGUCUCUAACGGGUACUCAAGGCCUGUGUGCUGCUGGAGCAGUGCUGUGGCUGACAGAGCUGGCGGGGGUCUCCUAACCCCUCCACAGGGAGCUCUUUCUCCAGAGGGCCUGUUCUGAGCUCAGCCACAGCCCUGCUCCCGGGGCUCUGCCCUGAGGCCUGAGGGUGCCCUGCUGAUCUAGGAACACUACAGCCUGCAAGCCUCUGGUGCUGCAGCUCAGGGAGAGGAAGGCAUGGGGCAGAGCCCUAUGCCACAGCUGGGCUUGUAGCUAAGAGAUUGCCCAUCUGGGGCUGGGAGGUGCCGGUCACCCCAGGCCCAAGGUACAAAGAUCUGGCUGGCAGAGGGGGGGUGUGGAUUACGGCUGCCACUCAAACCUUGGUACUGCUGUCCCUGUGAUUGCAACCUUUCUCCAGAGGCUGAGGAAGGUGUUUGGACACUGCUGCUUUCUAGGGCUGAAACCAAUCAAACCAGUUGCCUCCUUCCAGCGUGGGGGGCAGGGAAGAGGCGGCAGGCUGGCAAUGGCCCAUCUUAAGAAGCCUGCAGGCCUGACUUUGGUACGUGUGCUGUUACUGUCAGUAUGGAAGGAAGCUCAUGGUUGCUGUAACAGGAGGGUUUUAAACUACUGUUUUGGAUCUGAAAUGAAAUAAAAUAAAGUGAUUUGACUACA